GAGAGCUGCGCUAAUGCCAGCCUGGGUUGCCCCUGCGAUGCCACCUGGGAGCACAAGUGCAACGGCGAUGGCUACUUGUCGUUGGUGCAGCGCUGGCACUACUCCGGCAACACAAGCUGUGCCACUGACAGCGGAUGCACCUGUGAAGCUGAUGAACUUGCCUGCCCGGACGCCGCAGGAAAGAUUGAGUGCUGGGCAAAGGAAUGGUACGGGGAGUCCUGCCCUUUGACGUGCAACUACGACACGGAGAACUGGUGCUACCGCGUAGGAUUCGACUCUCAGGGCUUCAUGACAUGGACUGAGUACUGCUACACCAAGACCAGUGCAGACGACUGGUGGUGCCCUGUGAUCUGCGACGAUGCAACAGCCAAGACCUGUGGAACCGGUGACUAUGCCGAGUGCGUGCCGUUGACCGACGAAUGCCCUGAAGUUUGCACCUCGGAAGAGCAGACUUGUUGGGUUUCCAACUAUGACGCCCAAGGCUGGUACGUCAAUGGCACUGACAAGUGUUGGCCAAGGAAUGAACAGUGCCCGUGUGGUACAAAUGCUGAACUGUGCACCUUUGAUGGCUGGUCGUAUUGCGAGUCAACCUAUUAUGGUUGCCCAUUGAAUUGCGCCGCGGAUGAGAAGUACUGCUACCCCACGUCCUACACACCUGAAGGUCUUUGGGAUGCCCAGCAGCAAUGGUUGCCAUUGGACCCAGAUGCCAAUGUCCAAGAAACUUGCGCAAAAUUGAAUGCUACCUGCCCAUGUGGUGCAAAUGCCAAGCCCUGCAAAUGGACAGAUGAUUGGGGUUAUGAAGAGGAGUGGUGCUUUCCAGAAGUUGACUCAUGUCCAGUCACCUGCACUUCAGAGCAGAAGAGGUGCUACCAAACCGACUACAAUGCCUCUGGAUACCCAGAGAAAUUCUCUGAAAGCUGCGUCUCACAGACUCGGUCCUGCCCAUGCGGAACCAAUUCUCAAGAAUGCUAUGAUCCACUCUUCGAAGAGAACUUCUGCUAUCCUUUGGUUGACUUCUGGUCGAAUGAACAGAUGAAGUGCCCAGUCUACUGCACCGACGAGCAAGACUACUGCUACAUUCCUAGCUACGACGCCAAGGGAAAUUGGAUCAGCACGACGGAGGAAUGCGUUCCAAAAGGCCAAGCCUGCGAUUGCACCAAGGGGCAAAACGCAUUCUCUUGCACUUGGACUGAUCCGCUGUGGGGAUCCUGGACGGAAUGCCUGCCCACGCACAACGGAUAUUGCCCAACUGACUGCCCAGAUGGUGAAGUUGCCUGUGACAUGGUCGAAGACUACCUGCCCAACGGAACAUCCUUGGGAUUGGUUCAACCUUCCGUGAAAUGCGCUGCAAGCUACGAUCAAUGCCCCUGCGGCAAAGAGGCUUCCCGCUGCCCAAAUCAGGGCUGCAUCUUCAAGGACGAAGGAUGUGCUGCGGAAUGCGGAGCGAAUGAGAAGAAGUGCUACGUGUCGGACUUCACAGAGGGAGGCGUCUUUAUCAGCGACCAGGAAUUCUGUGUUCCCAGCGACGACACAUGCCAGUGCGGCAAGAACACUGCCAAGUGUGACAACAGCGACCUGUGCUUGCCACUGGCGGAAAAGGAGUUGGUUUGUCCUUGCAAGGGAUCUGAGACGACUUGCAAUGUGGUGGACUACGACAAGAAUGGCGUGGUGACCGGAUUCUCCACUCAAUGCGUCAAGGAGGGCACUGCCUGUCCGUGUGGAAAGAACACCAUCAGCUGCCCUGAUCCAAAUGAUGUGCUGAAGAAAGAGUGUGUUCCCAGCCACAAUCACAAGAAGUGCCCCGAGCCUUGCAGCGUUGAUGCCAUCCUGGCAGGCAACCAGACUUGCGUGCUCAUCAACCUGGACGAGAAGGGAGAUUUCAAAUCUGAGACCGCGAAGUGCAUCGGUGCCAAUGCGACCUGCGGUAUCGGCGAGGGAAUGAAGCGCUGCCCAUCGGGAGCGGUGAUCGCGGUGGAUACCACUUGCGUCAACAAGUAUGCUGCUACUUCCGGAGGCGGCCGACGCCUGAGCAAGCGCCGUCUGAGCACAACGGCCCAGCGAGAGACCUGCAGCGCCAUCAUCACCAUGUCCAGCCUGCGAGCAGACGCUGUCUCCAAGGCCGAGACUGUUCGAGUGAAGAUGAACAGUGUACUCCAAAUGCCGAGCAGUUUGAAGACCACCCUCACCAUUAAGUCAUCGACCUCACGUCGCUUGGAUCGAAAAUUCAGUCGACGACUGAGUACAGCCGCAGGCACCAUGAUCUUCUACAUUGACAAUCAAGGAAUUGCCUCAUCGGUGACUCCCGGACAAGUCUGUGAGGAGUUGAAGAAGAUGGUGAAGAGCAGCAGUCCGGCCCUGACAUCAGCAGUGAGCGCUGUGGGAGUGAUUGAUUCCCAGGCUGGUGUGAACCUGGAGACCUCCAGUGCUACCCUGCAGAGUCGCAGUGCAGCUGCCGUGAACCAGAAGAACGAGAAGGCUGGAAUCACAACACGAUUGCCAACCACAACCACAACCACGACCACUUCAACAAGCACAACGGAAGCGUCCACAUCAGCAUCAACCGAUGCGUCCACAUCAGCAUCAACCGAUGCGUCCACGUCAGCAUCAACCGAUGCGGCCAACCAACGGUACUCUUAA